GUUAGCAGGCUCGUGGCUCGUGGUGGUGGUUGCUCGUGGUGGCAACGUGCAACGUGCGACGCACGUUGGCACGAGACGAGGGACGGUGAACGAUUUGAGACUUGAGACUUGAGACUUGAGAGGUCGACUUCGAACUUCUGGAACCUCCGCGCGAUUCCGCAUCACCGACGAAGAUGAGCAACGAAUUUACGAUCGACGAAUUUCCCGCUUUGAGGUCGAGACAUGUUUACAUCAGGGACGAAGUCGCGCUCCUGAAGACGAUAAAUGCGAUACAGCAAGGCGGCGCGAAUAAUCUGCAGAUAGUCACGGAUUUCGACUUGACCGUUACGAAGCAACACAUAGACGGCAGGGAUGUACUUAGCAGCUUUGGUAUGUUCCGAAAAUGCAAGCAAUUGCCGCAGCAGUAUUUAGACGAAGCUAAGCAUCUGUACAAUAAGUACAGACCAAUGGAAAUAGAUCCGGAUAUGCCUGUGAACAAGAAGGCAGACGCUAUGCGCGACUGGAUGACAGCUGCACAAGAUCUGUUGAAAGGCAUCGAGUUUGAUCCUCACGAAUUGGAGGAAGUGGCCCAAGCGUUCGAAAAUAUAUUGCGCGAUGGUACGGAAGAGCUUUUUCAGAAACUGUACAAUGCGAGAGUGCCGAUUGUAGUGUUUAGCGCCGGUUUGGGUGAUAUAGUGGAGGCUGUGCUGAGGUACCACAAUGCUCUCUUCGACAAUGUAAAAAUAAUCUCCAACUUUCUCAAGUAUAAUGGCAAUCAAUUGGAUGGAUUUAAGAACGACGUGCUCAUACACGUGUACAACAAGAAUGAGUGUGCACUGGCAGAACAUUAUCUCAAGUUACUUCAAAAGAGACAUAAUGUGUUGUUAAUGGGCGACACGAUCGGCGACGCCAACAUGGUGGAGGGACUAAAAGACACUAAGGCAGUCCUGAAAAUUGGAUUCCUGUACGAUCACGUGGAGGCGAGCUUAGACUCAUUUAUGGAAAAGUUCGAUAUCGUUCUCGUCGACGAUCAAACGAUGCGGGUGCCGAUGGAGAUACUACAAAAUAUCUUAUAAUACCGUCUACAUCGAUACUCUUUUUACCUGCCUGCGUGUACAUGUACGCACCUACCCGAAGGUGUAAACGUCAUACGCAUACGUGAUCGCUCCGUGUUUCAAAAUACGAAGACUUUCUAACUCAUUCUACAAUUAACAUAUGUUUUAACUUAAGUACAUUUCCUAAUAUAUUUUUCAUAAUAGCGUAUUGGCAUAAUGCGGAUAAGCUAUAAGUUACGCUCGUCUCACUGGUAAAAGAUAUAUUUUAAAGGCGUGUGCAUCUUAAAUGAAUUAAUCUUUAACUUAAAUUGAAAAGUUGACAUAUCUGCCAUUUAUAAAUUUUUGCAAACCUAUGUAUGUGUGAGUGUGCGGCGUCUGACUACGAUAUGUAACGUAAUAUUGACAUGUAAUAUAUUUAUUGAAGUUAUAAUUUGCGAAAUCUGAGCACUGUGUGUUCUCCGAUAAUCAACAUCUCUCUAAAUGUGAAAUCGUGUCUCGUAUUUUUAUCAAGUAUUUUUGCCAAGUAUAUUUAUCGCCGAUAUUUCAAAAUAAUGGUAUUAAUUGCUGUGUCACAAAAAAGAAUGAAAAUCUUGAUUCUAAGCAAUCGAACAGUAAUAUCUCUGUAUAAAUCAACUUUAGUAUCUAAUUGAACUCAAUGUUAAGCAGUCAGAAGAUGAUUUAAGAUGUUGAAAAUUAAGUGUUAAAUUUUUGAAAAUUAAAUGAGCGUGAGAAAGUU